UUUAGUACGCGCGGUGUGGAUGCAUGUGUUGUGAAAUUUUACCGGCUGUUAUCGGAUAAAGGUCAUAUUUCUCAAAUUUAGCGCUGACAUAAUUUUUCAAAAUGAAACCUAUUGCUCUCUUUGGACACGAGAGGUCUGUCACUCAGAUCAAGUACAACCGUGAAGGUGACCUUCUGUUCUCCACAGCAAAAGACACAACGCCGAACAUCUGGUACUCGGUCAAUGGAGAGAGGUUGGGAACGUUUGAAGGCCACAGUGGAGCUGUAUGGUGCAUCGAUGUUGACUGGGAAUCACAGAAAGCAAUUACAGGGAGUGCAGAUAACACCAUGAGGAUGUGGGAUAUCAAAACUGGCAAAUGUACGACACAGCUUGAAUACAAGUCGGCUGUUAGGACAUGUGGAUACAGCUAUAGCAGUAACAUCUUCUUCACAAGCACAGAUCGUACUAUGGGGCAGACCAGUGAUUUAUGUGUGUAUGAUCUUAGAGAUCCUAGUCAAAUAGAAUCUAACAACCCGUUCAUGAGGUUACCAAUGGAUACAGCUAAGAUCACAUCAGGUAUAUGGACCUUCCAAGACACAGCUAUCCUGACUGGUCAUGAGAAUGGAGAACUAACACUUUGGGAUAUCAAGAUGCAAGAUUGCAUAGGAAGCACACAAGAUAUUCAUCAGAAGGCAAUCAAUGAUAUCCAGAAACACAGCAAGUAUGACAUGAUAGUCACAGCAUCUAAGGAUUGCACAGCUAAGCUUGUUGAGUUGCCAGACCUGGUACACAUGAAGACAUUCAAGACAGAGAGACCCGUUAAUUCAGCAGCUAUAUCACCCAUUAAAAAUCAUGUCUUGUUAGGUGGUGGUCAGGAGGCCAUGGAUGUCACAACAACUUCAGGAAGGAUUGGUAAAUUUGACGCCCGCUUCUACCAUGCGAUCUUUGAGGAGGAGUUUGGCAGGGUCAAAGGUCAUUUUGGUCCGAUCAACAGCGUGGCUUUCCAUCCCGAUGGAAUGGGAUACAGCAGUGGAGGAGAGGAUGGCUACGUCAGGGUGCAUUCUUUUGACCCUAAUUAUUUUGAGUUUGAAUUUGAAUAUUAGUUCUAGUGAAAUGUCUCCCUUCAUUUCAGUGUAUUUUAUGUUUUUUCUGUACAGACCCCAAACCCACCAUACUUCCCUUCUACGAAACCAUUGCCUACAGGGAUAGGAUAUAUGAAUAUUGAGUGCUUUGAAGGGGCACGGUCAUAGCUAUUGCCAGAGGUGAUCUUAAAGCUAGGCCCCAUUUCACAAAACUUGUCAUCAAUGACAAAGUUUUUGUUAUAAGCUACUGAAAUCCUUGCUUCUGAUUGGAUAUCAGCAGAUUUGUCACUGAAUUUUGUCAUUUGUCAUUGCAAAAAGGCUUUGUGAAACGAGUCCCUGUACUGCAUAGUGCCAUCUUGAGAUCAAGAGGAGCUACAGUUUUAACCUUGACCCCAAAAUAAGCAGUCAAUAUUCGUUUUAUAUACUGCAUCCCCAAUACCGAUUCUCAAAAAGGGAUAUUUCAACGACUAUGCCUGUUAAAGUGUAUUUAUUUGUUGACCGAAAUGAACUUUUACUGUCUGAGAGCAUUGUGCUUAUCCAUUAUCAAGUUUACAUUGUACUUGCGUGUAGAAUUAUGCCCGGUCACUAUUUUUCACUAUAUACUGCCCAUCAGUCAAUAGC